AUGUCCAGUGGUCCUGAACAACCCUUUCUCGCCUUCUGUAUAUCUACGGCUUCGGCUUUUACUCCAUUUGGCACGGUGGCCUGUGUGCGCAACAUACCCCUUGGUUUGAUCUGGUUUGACUUAUGGAAACGGUGUGAAUUCGGCGUUAGGGUUUCUCAUAUGGGAUACCCGUAG